AUGCCAGUGAAAUGCUGUUUCUACAGGUCACCAACCUCAGAUGUAAUGGCGUGGUCAGAAAACAUGGACACACUUUUAACCAACCAAGCUGGUCUAGAUGCUUUUAGAACAUUUCUAAAGUCAGAGUUCAGUGAAGAAAAUGUAGAGUUCUGGCUUGCCUGUGAAGACUUCAAGAAAACAGAAAGUUCAGAAACAAUUGCCUCCAAAGCCAAGAUGAUCUAUUCUGAAUUCAUCGAAGCUGAUGCCCCUAAAGAGAUUAACAUUGACUUCAGUACCAGGGACCUCAUCUCAAAGAACAUUGCAGAACCAACGCUCAAAUGCUUUGAUGAGGCUCAGAAAUUAAUCUAUAGUCUCAUGGCCAAGGAUUCUUUCCCUCGAUUUUUAAAGUCAGAGAUUUAUAAGAAACUGGUAAAUACUCAACAGGUUGGAAAUCAUAAAAAAUGGCUUCCUUUCUUGUGA